AUGGGAAGGGCGAAGAAACCUCAAAAGUUUGCUGUCAUGAAGAAGACGAUAAGCCACAAAGCUAUAAAGCAAUACAAAGAGGAGGUUCUGAAUCCAAACAAGAAGGACCUCACUGAACUUCCGAGAAAUGUUCCGAAUGUUCCUGCAGGGAUGUUCUUCUCUCACAACUCUAGUAUUGGUCCUCCUUACCGAGUUUUGGUUGAUACUAACUUCAUCAACUUCUCAAUCCAGAAUAAGAUUGAUCUUGAGAAGGGAAUGCUGGACUGUUUGUACGCAAAAUGCACCCCUAUUAUCACGGACUGCGUCAUGGCUGAGCUAGAGAAGUUAGGUCAGAAGUAUCGUGUCGCUCUAAGGAUUGCGAAAGAUCCACGCUUUGAAAGACUACCUUGUAUACACAAAGGGACAUAUGCUGAUGACUGUCUCGUUAACAGAGUUACUCAGCAUAAGUGCUUCAUAGUGGGUACUUGUGAUAGAGACUUGAAGCGAAGGAUUCGGAAGAUUCCUGGUGUGCCGAUCAUGUAUGUGACGCAGCGCAAGUACUCAAUAGAGAGGUUGCCUGAAGCAACGAUUGGUGGAGCUCCAAGAUACUGA